AUGAGGCCGAGCGGAGAUUCAGCCAGCCAAGCGCGAGGGUUGCGCGUCCACCCCCUUCUCCUGCUCAAAUCGCUCGCUCCUCCUCCGCCUAUUGGCGCACAUCUCACUUUCGCUUCCCUUUCGUGUGUCUCCCUGAAAAGUGAUAAUCGACCAAUCUCUGUCCACCAAGCGUCAGGUCAUGCAAUCCUAACGAAUGUAUACCAUCCAAGUAGUGAACGAGACGAACGUCUCACAAAUCGCAGCCAGACGUUACCCAUGCUCUUUUGUGAAGUAUUCACGACCAACAACGUCACACCUCCUGGCGUUGCUUGUCCCACCCACGCGUUCGUUGGUAAGACUCAGCCUCCGCAUCGACCGUCUUCAUAUAUCAAUGGCCAUUUCCGCCGCCUGGGCAAUGCUGGGCGUCUCAACUUCCACGGUGUUUUUAACCACGUUCCUCACAUCACCAUCCGGCUGGGCACAUCUGAACCCCAAAUCAUACACCACGGCGAUUUGACCACGCGCGCAAUUGCCCCUGGUUCAUGUUUCACAUGGGAGGGACAACCAAAAACGUAG